GUAAACAUUUCCUUGAAUUGAAAGUUUGAAAGCUAUGUACAUUUUAUGCAACAUUAUUCAAUUCCAAAAUGUCUCCAAAACAAAUCAAGAUUUCAAAUAAAAAACUUUGAGUUUGGAUGACUGACCGGAAAAAGAAAAUGGCAACGAGAGUGGAGCGAGAAGAAGAAGCCGAGAUUCAUGGCGACGUUCUAGAAGCCAUCUUUUCGCACGUGCCGUCAGUCGACCUAGUCUCCGCCUCGCACGUGUCCGAGUCAUGGCACGGCGCCGUCGCCACCUCCCUCCGCCACCCGAAGCCGUGGCUCAUCCUCCACACGCAGUCCACUAGGCCCCCGCACGCCCUCGCCGCCCUCGCCUACGAUCCUCGCUCCGACGUCUGGAUGCGCAUCCGCCGCCCUCCGAUCGAGCACGUCGCCGCCCUCCGAUCGUCAUCCACCGCGAAUAUGCUCUACAUGCUCUCCCCCUCCGCCUUCGCCUUCUCCACAGAUCGCCUCCACUCCGACUGGCGCAGCGUCACCCCUCCCCGCGUCUGGCGGACGGAUCCGAUCGUCGCCAGAGUCGCCGGAGCCGUCGUCGUCGCCGGCGGCGCGUGCUACUUCGAGGACGAUCCGCUGGCGGUCGAGCUCUACGACCUCCGCGAGCGCGCCUGGCGCACGUGCAAGUCAAUGCCGCCGAGUUUGAAGGACUCCGCCUCCUCGUCGUGGCUUUCCGCCGCCGCCACGCAGGAGAAGCUCUUCCUCGUCGAGAAACAAACCGGUUUGACUCACUGGUUCGAUCCGGAGGCGAAUUCCUGGUCCGGUCCGAUCGCUCUGAACCCUAGCCAGCCGGUCCAGAGCUGCCACGUCAGCUACUCCAGCUUCACCGGUUUGAUCCUCGUCGGAAUUUGUCCAAUUGGAAACGGUGAAACAAUUAAAAUGUGGCGAAUUGGGGAAAAUGAUUUCUCGAUUGAAGAAAUCGGUGAAAUGCCGGAAGAUUUGGUAGCUGGACUGAAGAGCGAUUCAGAAGAUUUUUCUAUCGAUGUUCGAUUAGCGGGGAAUUUCGUGUACGUUUAUAAUUCCGCUGCGGCGGAGGAGGUGGUGGCGUGCGAGUUGGCGGGAGAAUGCCGGUGGUGGAAGGUGAGGAAUGUGGUGGAACGUGACGGAAUGAUUUUGAAUACGUUGGUGUUUACUUGUGCUGAAGUUGGGAUCGGCGAGUUGGAGAGAGUCAUGACGACGAAGGGCUGGCGAUUCGAGGUGGUUUGACUGAGCUGACUCGGCCGAGUCGUUUGAUUUCUGUUGCUCACGUGGGUACCUAUGAUUGGAUUCCAAAAAUAUCUUUUUGUGUGGGUUAAAUUUUUUUUAUUAUUAUUGUAAUUGUUGGACGAUAUUAUUACUAUUACAUUUUCUAGUGAGUGUUUUA